AUGUCCAAAGUCGAACAACGUCGAAAAGCGGGCUCUGCGUCGUCGCAGGAUGCUAUUCCUGUUGACAUCAACAUCCCCGACAACUAUACUGCCAUCUUUGCCGUCUUUUGGUACUUUGUGACCGGUCUGGGUAUCACCGCAGGCUACCACCGACUGUGGGCACACCGUUCCUACAACGCCUCGGUCCCCCUCCAGUACAUGCUCGCCUUUGCCGGAGCUGGCGCCGUUCAAGGUUCUAUCAAGUGGUGGUCCCGGGGACACCGUGCUCACCAUCGUUACACCGACACCGACCUUGAUCCCUAUGGUGCUCACCACGGUCUGCUCUGGUCGCACAUUGGCUGGAUGGUUUUCAAACCCCGCCGCAAGCCCGGUGUCGCUGACGUUUCCGACCUCAUCAACAGCCCCGUCGUCCGCUGGCAACACAAGUACUAUGUCUGGUUGUUGCUCUUUAUGGCGUUUGUUAUGCCUACCGUCGUUCCCGGUCUUCUUUGGGGUGACUGGCGCGGUGGUUAUUUCUACGCUGGUGCUGCCCGCCUUGUGUUCGUCCAUCACUCCACUUUCUGCGUCAACUCGUUGGCUCACUGGCUCGGAGAGACUCCUUUCGAUGACAAGCACACUCCUCGCGAUCACAUGAUCACCGCCUUUGUCACCAUCGGAGAGGGCUACCACAACUUCCACCAUCAAUUCCCCAUGGACUAUCGCAAUGCCAUCAAAUGGUACCAAUACGAUCCCACCAAGUGGUUCAUUACCGUCAUGUCUUGGUUCGGACUUGCGUCGCACCUCAAGUCGUUCCCCGAUAACGAGGUCAGGAAGGGUCAAUUGACGAUGGAAUUGAAGAAGCUCAAGGCUAAGGCCGAUGAAAUGAAGUGGCCCACUACUUCGAACGACUUGCCCUCCAAGAACAGUCCAAGACCCGCCCACUCGUCCUUAUCGCCGGUUUCAUUCACGACGUUUCUUCGUUUAUGGAUGAACACCCCGGUGGCCGUCACCUCCUUCGCAAGAACAUUGGCAAGGACGCGACUACUGCAUUCUUUGGAGGUGUCUACGACCAUUCCAACGCCGCUUGCAACUACCCCUAG